AUGUCGCUGGAUGUUAAGGGCAGGCUACGUAAUGUUUUCACCUUGCUUGAGCGUAUGUACAUAGUUCACGUGGCGCUAAUACAUAAGGUGCAGUUUGGCCAAGAACUUCUAUCUACGUUUGGCAAUCAGAUUGGUGAGAUUGCGUUGAUACCAGCUACCGGGGGUUUGUUUAGUGUGGAGUUGACAUAUGUACCCGUGUCAGUGGAGGAUGGAGAGAAGGUAGAGGCGAAGAAGGUGUUGCUUUGGGAUAGGAAGACCGAGGGUGGAUUUCCAGAGACCAAGGUGCUGAAGCAGCGGGUUAGGGAUCAUAUUGAUCCUAACCGCGAUUUGGGACAUUCGGAUAAACAUGGAAAGAAUAAAGAGGACAAGGCUGAAGAGAAGAAGGACGAGCAAGAGCAAAAGGAAUCGAAUGAGGGCGUGGAGGUGAAGAGGAAUCCAGAUGGGACAGUCUGUGAGGACUGCAAUGCUUGA